AUGUCCGAAGAACAAGCUCACGUUCAGUGGGAGGCAGAGAGAAAGGGCCAGCACCCCCACGCGCCACACCCUCACGCUCUGCCAACUCGUCCAUCCACUCCACACCCCGCAGCUCGUCUUGCACCUGCGAACAAAACCUCUUCGAAGAAAGCGGUUGUCUCUGUCACUACUGGUGGCGAAGAGGCGCAGAAACCCAAUCCUGAUCCUGCUGCACCAGCCACCGAUGAUGAAGCGACUCCCGUUCAAACCGUGCCUCUGGAGGCCACCUGGGCGGAGCACUUUGCCAAACACGCCGAGACGCCGCGGCCCCCUCGAGUCCGACCCAAAGGCCUUGUUCGCUGCCUGUCCUCUACUCACCAACCUGGUGGUUAUCACUAUGGAGACUAUGCGGUUCAGGCUGACGGAGCGGCUCUCGAGGCCCCCCGUGCUGUUCGCGCAGCACGUAGCGAGGGCACGUGCUCCCCGAGUUCUGGAUUAGCAACGGACUACUUCACCGCGCCCGAGGAUGCCGGAGAGGACUCGGACGAGUAA